UUAUAUUGGAUAUUUUGUGUACCGCUAUUUUUGUAAUGUAGAUGUUGGUAUGCAGAACUAUUCGAGAUGAUUCGUUUUGUCUGUUUAGUAAUGUCUGGCUAAAUUGGAUAUUUCUUAGAUAUGGCUGUUUUUGUUCCUGUCUUUUACAAGACAUUAUAUACUGUUGACUGGACUCAAUGCAUACCCAUCCUUUCUGCGACUUGAAUUAUUACAACCCUGGAUGCAGUCUAACAUAGAUGACAGAUCGUCAUGGAGCUUGGCUAGCAUUCAUCGAGAAUAUUUCUUCUAUAGGAGUAGCUGUGCUAAUAACAUAGUCUUUCCUUCAAAAUUUGUUGAAUAAUUUUUCGGAUUUUUAUGAAAGACAAAGAUCUGCAAUCAAAAAAAGACAUAAGUUCCAGAUUUAUGAAAGAAGAUUUGAAUUUUGACAUACAAUAGAAAAUUAACAGUCCUUUCUCGGUUUGUGUGAAGGUAGUGGUUGUUCCAUAACAUUAAAAGAGCAUAAAAAAUCCCAUUCCAGUUGAAAAGAAAGCAAUAAGUUUGUUUAAGGAAUAUUUGACCUUUAUUAUAAUUAUUUGAAAUAAUAACUCACUGAAUUGUCAUUUGUUAACAUUUACUGGAAAAGUUCUUCAGGAAGAGGAAAUUUUUUGAUGCAAUAAGAAAAUGCAUUUAUUUGGCUUAUAAUUAAACACGUGCUGUAAAUCUGAAACAAAUAUUUCUUCAAUCAGAUUUCUGUUUGUUUAUAAAUACAAGCGAUCUGGGAACCUUGAUUCCAAUAAAGAAGGAACAAAAAGAAUCAAAGUCCGUUAAAACAGGUGGUGUGGUGAUAAUCAAGAAUUUAAAACCAAUUUUGUUUAUUACAAAAAAUGAAAUAGGCUAUAAACAUUCACUAAAAAGCUUUGAAACAGACUGUAAAUAUUUACUGGAAGACAUUAUAUCUGGAACUGGGACAAGAAGUGGGGCAAGAAACGGCUUGAAAAACAAGUUGCCGCACAGAAAAUUAAUGCAGAUUGAAUAGAACCAUCAAAAGUACACGCUUGCUACCAAGUUGUUUUUUUUUUUAUAAUAGAUACUCUAGGUGCAUAAAACAGCAUAUAAAAACUAUAAAACUUUAAUUGACAAUAUUGAAUUUUGAAAAAUCGUCAAUAAAAAAGGCUUAAAACCCCCAACUUGAAGGAGAGUGUGGAAGAAGCUUGAAGUGGUACAGAUUAUUCUUUGUGUCGGCAGAAAAAAACCUGUCGAGACCAUUGGAAAAAUCAGGAGAAAAGUUGCAAGUGAAGAGAAACAACUGAAAAUUUAUCACGAACAAGCUGUUGCUUCUGAGAGUUCAGGCAAAAAAAACCCCAAUUUUUGAAGCUGGUAACUGAUAAUGUCCUUUCAUAGAAAAAGUGAUUUUGGAGUAAUUGAUCAAGAUGCCGACAAUAACUUUGUUCCAUCCGCUACUUUUGACCUUGAUGAUUACACAGAUGGCGGGCUUGGUACAAACGGGAGCCGUGGUUCUGAGACCUCCAUGUCAUCAACCAGCUCUAGAUCAGUGCGCAGUGCAAGCAUCGCCGUGGCGUCGCAGCCGACGUCAACGGGACUGUCGUUUAUAUUGGACAUGGAGAAAGAAGAGGCCAUUGAUUAUUCAAACAGUCUACACGAGGAUAUCGAGAAAUUGUUCGAUAAAACUCCCGAGCUGACAAUUAAUGACCUGAUAUCGAGUGGUGGAGAGUGUACACCAUCAGAACGUGGACUUACGCCAGAACCUCCAGUGCACACGGCGAGCGAUCGGGUGCUUGAAGAAUAUGACAUUACAAGUCACAGACGGUCUUCCUUUCCACAUAUUCACAUUCCACUCAAAUCUUUACAUAGCCAUUCUGUGAAAAACUUCGCCACUUACAUUGAUGAAGAAGUGAAGAAUGAGAAAAAGAAGAAAAGGAGAAAGAAGAAAGAGAAAAGCAAACAUCAUAAGAAGAAAUCCAAACCUAUCAUUUUUCCAUCCAGGUCAGCUCUACUGUCUCCAUCAAUUCCUGAAGUGGAGAAAGAAGAGUACUCGGCUUACUCAUCAGAGUCAGGCGAGUCGAGUUCAGGUGAUGGGUUUGAAGAAGACGAUGUCCCUGCCGUUGUUGUAGUCACAGAUGAGACCUCGAAAAAUGUCGCCGAUAACGUCACUAAAGAUGUUGAGAACGUUGAUGAAACAACAAAGCUUUUAAUUGACUUAGAAGAUAGUGAUGAUCAUUUCGAUGGAAGGCCACUCUCGGUUGAACUGUGUAUUAAAGAACCAGUGAAAACACCGGACAUAGAGAAUAAGACCUUGAAAGUUCCAUGGUUUAUUGGCGAUGAUUCUAAAUCCUCUUCAGGCAGUUUCAAACCUGGCCUGUUUUAUAUAGGAGAAAAUGGCCCUGUAGACACAGUAGAAGGAUCUGACCUUCAGGACAAAGUUCCAGUGUCCGAAACUCCUUCUGAGGUGGAUUUUAAGAUAGCAGCAGUAUCUGUACCAACCACACAAGCCGGUGUGAUAGAGAACCUCCCUGCAAGUGCCCCUGUUGUUGUUGUUUUGAAUGACGACAAAAAGCCAAUGGUUUCUACAUCAAUCAAACAAGCGACAAAACACACGCCCAUUCAUGUUCUUGAAUCAGCGAUCCCUGGUGAAGAGGAUCUAUCAAAAGUCAAGUUCUUGCUAGGUGAAGCAGAAUCAGAUGGAGAUUUUCAGAGGAAGGCGGAGUUUAGAAACAGUGAUGAUGAUGAUGAUGAAAGUGGCAGUGAGCAUGGAACCGCUGAGUUCAGUCCAGUUCAGAGCUUAGAGCUCCUGGACAGAAGUGAAGAUGAUAAUGUCUGGCAGCUCGCUGAUGAGGCCAAGAUACAUAAAAAAGUGCCUUCUGAAAAAUCAAGGCAUAAGCACAAGAAGCACCAUCAUCAUCAUCGUGAGAACUAUGGUCGGGAAGAUUUGUUACGUCGCCGACAGAGAGGAAGUGAGGUUCACAUUCAAGAUGCUCUUAAACGUGUUCCCACAGAAACAGAGGAGGCCAUUAUGUUACAUUCAGCUGAUCUUGACGAGAUGGCCAGUCACAGAAUGGAUAAUCUGCAGGGUUUCCACAAACAUAAAAUUGGCAGGAAGAAGCACAAGACUUUGACGUCUGUGAUAUAUGCCGGCAAAUCUGAUAAAUCUAAACGGAAAUACUUCAAACCGGAAGUUAAAAAAUAUGAUCAUACCCCACAUGAGGUGUUCGUUGAAUUGGACGAGUUGAACGUUGUAGACGAUUACGAAGUUGAGUGGCGGGAGAAAGCUCGUUGGAUCAAGUUUGAGGAAGACGUAGAAGAAGGGGCGGAAAGAUGGGGCAAACCCCACGUUGCUUCACUAUCGUUUCAUAGUCUGCUUGAACUGAGAAAAGGCCUGGAGCAAGGGUCUCUGAUGCUGGAUCUUGAGGCACCAGACUUUAUUACGAUUGCUCAUCGUGUCGUGGACAACAUGGUCAUUCGUGAUCAGAUAACAUCGGAGGCCAAGGGCCAUGUGAUGAGAACGCUGCUUACGAAACACAAAUUCGUUGGCUCGGACACUGUAAAGUCACUGAUUCGACGUAACAAGUCCUCAUUGGACCUAGCACAUUUAGACCAGAGACAUCAACGGGAACAGUCGUCACUUAUGAAGACAUUUUCCCAAGCGAGUUUCUCACAGGUGGCAUCGUCAACAAAUCUUACCGCUCUUUCCUCUCAAAACCACACAAACCAUUCAACUUCCAAUGCCAACUCGAGUAACUCGGCUUUUAAAAGAUCACUGUCCGUUCCGAAUGAAACGAGUAAUCAUGUUGUCAGGACGAUGCACCGUCAGCCAAACGAAAAUAGUCAUCACGGGUCGAAGAAGGAUAAGAAGAGAAAACAAAGUGUCGGUGAUCCAGGAAAACUGGAGUUUGUCAAGACAGAUGUAGACAAUAGUAUGAAAGUGGAGGAUGGAGUACACAUAGGUUUAAUUCCGAAAGAGGCGUACAAGGAAGAUUCAAAGGACACGAGGUCGGACCAGAAAAUGAGCCUGAUGAAGCGAAUGUCACGUGAUGCUGAGGCUUGUACUGUACUUGUUGGCUGCGUAGAUUAUCUUGAGAAACCUGCCAUGGCCUUUGUGAGAUUGGCUGAAAAACAGGUUUUAGAUAACUUGACUGAGGUACCGCUACCAGUGAGGUUUGUGUUCAUACUGCUGGGUCCAGAAAACUCGAGCAUGGAUUACCAUGAAGUGGGUCGUUCCAUAUCAACGCUGAUGUCAAAUCAGCACUUCCAUGAUAUAGCAUAUCGAGCAGAAACAAGGUCAGAGAUUUUACAUGCAAUCAAUGAAUUCUUGAACGAAUCGAUUGUGCUGCCCCCCGGUGAUUGGGACCAGAAAACACUACUUCCUGUCAUGGAUAUGGCAAGAAAACGUGCAAAAAUACGAAGAAAAAAGCUGAAAAAGAAAGAGGAAUUAGAAGCACUUAUACAAAAGGAAGUCAAGUACAAGGUUCCCAUGGACCCUUUAAAGCGGACAGGGACGCCUUUUGGCGGGUUAGUCAACGAUAUUCGGCGUAGAUUUCCACAUUAUGCCAGCGACUUUAAAGAUGGCCUAAACUUACAGUGUGUAAUGGCGCUGAUCUUUAUCUUCUUUGCUUGUCUGUGUCCGUGUAUAGCUUUUGGUGGUCUUUAUGGGGAAAAAACGUAUGGAAAGAUAGGUGUUGUAGAAACCAUUAUGGCAACAUCAGUUACCAAUGUGAUAUUUGGGCUGUUUGCUGGUCAACCUUUGAUAUUAUAUGGUGCAACAGGACCUGUUUUAGUCUUUGAAAAACAUCUUUAUUCAUUUUGUAAAGCAAGUCAUAUUGACUUUCUGACGUGGCGUGUGUGGAUAGGAUUAUGGGUAUUUAUUAUAACACUCCUAGUGUUGGCAGCAGAGGGCAGCUUUAUUGUGCGAUAUAUCACACGAUUUACGGAGGAAGUUUUUGCAAUUCUGAUCUCACUUAUUUUCAUUAAUGAAGUUAUACAGAAGCUUAUAGAGAUAUAUGAAGAGCACCCACUCAGGGGAAAAGCAUUUUACUGUGAUAAUUCAAAUGAAUCAACAGAAGUAGAGAAUGUGACAUUUUCUGUUUCAAACGUAAGCGUUACUACUGUAGCGCCAUUGACACGGAUGUUAAGUAAUGCUUCCACGAAAUUGUUAGCAACUAGCACAUAUAAUACAAAAAGUGAAUAUCACGAGAAAAAUGAGUAUGAACACGGGAAGGGGCAUUAUAGUGAAAAUUUAAACGAGCCAAAUACGGCCCUACUGUCAACGAUUCUUAUCUUCGGAACAUUCCUGAUAGCAUAUUUUCUCAGGAUUUUUAGAAACAGCCGAUUUCUUGGCAGAAGUGCACGAAGAGCACUUGGAGAUUUUGGUAUUUUUACAGCAAUAGUUUUAAUGGUUCUGUUCGAUUUUAUAUGUGCUGAUACUUAUACACAGAAACUGUAUCUUCCCUCAACAUUCGCUCACUCAGAUACAGCAAUUAGUAACUGGUUUGUUAAUCCUUUGGGAGGGAAAGAACCGAUACAAGUUUGGUUGAUGCUUGUUGCAGCCAUUCCAGCCUUCCUCAUCUUCCUGUUGUUGUUUCUGGAACUUCAGCUCACACAAAUGUUGCUGCACAAGAAUGAGUUCAAACUGAAGAAAGGUUCAGGAUUCCAUUUAGACCAGUUUAUUCUGGGUUUGGUGAUAUUUUUAUGUGCUCUAUUUGGAUUACCUUGGAUGUGUCCUGCCACAGUUCGGUCAGUGGCACACGUAUCCGCCCUAGCUGUCAUGAGUAGAACACAUGCCCCUGGUGAGAAACCAAAGUUAAUAGAGGUCAAAGAUCAACGAGUCACAAAUAUAGUCAUGAAUAUACUUAUAGGUUCAACGUUAGCCUGGGGUCAAGUUUUACGUGCAGUACCAAUGGCAGUAUUAUUUGGUGUGUUCCUCUAUCUAGGUGUCUCCUCUAUCAGUGGUGUUCAACUCUUUAAGAGAUUUAAGCUCCUGUUUAUGCCUGUCAAACAUAUGCCGGGUAAAAGUUAUGUGAGAAGGGUACGGACAUUAAAGAUGCAUGCGUUUACAGUUCUACAGCUGUGUUUGGUAGCGAUAUUGUGGAUUGUUAAGUCUACACUUUUAGCUAUUGCCUUUCCACUGUUUGUAAUACUAAUGGUGCCAUUACGUCUCAAAAUCUUGCCAAAAUUCUUCACACAUCAAGAACUAGAAGUGCUGGAUAAGGAAGAAGAAGACUCUGAAGAUGAAGAAGAUGAUGAUCCUGACUUCUACCAACUGGCUCAUAUGCCUAUAUAAGGAAUUUUUUGUCACCUGGCUACAUACUUGUAUAAGGAAAAUAGCUUGUAUGCCUAUAUAAGGAAAUUUUACAAGCUGGCUAAGGAGAUUUUUACCAAGUGGUUUAUUUGAAUAUGUAACAAAUUGUACCAACUUGUGUAAUUGCCAAUAUAUGGAUAUUUUAACCAACUGGAUCAUAUGCCUAUACAAGGAAAUUAUGCAAUUUACCAGCUGGCUUAUUUGAAUAUAUGACAAGAUUGUUACCAACUGGCAUAUUUACAUUUACAAGGAAAUUUUUACCAACUGGCUUACAUGCCUAUACAAGCAAAUUUUAACCAACUUGCAGAAAUACAAAAUGGCUCAUAGAGUUCGAUUGGGAAUAUUGAAUGCAAAACCAGUUGGUUUUCACACUGAACUGACUCAUUCCAUAUAUACCCCAUCAAGGAAAACUCAGUAUGCUACUUAUCAAUUGAUAUGCCUGUAUGAUUGGCUAUGCCUGUUUCGGGAAAUACUCGAUAUUAAAAUCUUCCUCUACAAAUAUAUCUGGGUAACGAAACAACGAGCAGGCUUAUAUGCCCAUAAAAGGAUAUUAUGUUUAAAAUAUCUACAACAACUCGUAUUUAUGUCAGGCGGCUUUCAUGCCUAAAAAGGAAAUUAGCAAACUUAAUCUACAAACUGCCUCAACAGAAAUAUUGUGUGUAAAAUUUUCUGCUUUUUCAGCAUAAAACUGAACAUAUGUACCUCAAGUACCAAAAUGCUGCUUUGCUAGCACUGAAGCCCAUAAAGAUGUAAAAUCGUUAUUCCAGUUUUUGCACAUUCACUAGAUUUAGAAGAAAAUUUAAUUCAUUGAUUUAUAAUUUUUUCAUAGAAGGGAAGAAGCCAUAUUUAUUUAUUGAUAUUUAAUAUUUUUAACAUUCUGCAAUUUAAAAUGUUAGUCACGAUUAGAAUCCAUUUAAAGUGCCAAUAUUUGCGGAUAUUAAUUUAAUAAUUACUGUGCUAUUGAAGUAAGCUAUAUCCAGAUUUGUGCCAAUGUUGGUAUGUCACUGUUACAAAUGUCGCUAUGGAAACCAACCUGUUUUAAUGUUUUAAACGUACGUUAUUUAUAUGAGUUUUUGGUGCAGAUAGAUCCAUUUAAGAUGUAAAUAUUGAUUUAAAUUUUAAAAUAUACACUGCUGUUGUCAAAAGCAGUUAAAUUGUAAAUUUAUGUUUGUUUCACCACAAUAUAUGUACAUUUAUCCUCUUAAUUUACACAGGCAUAUAUCUCUACACAUUGUGCAAGUUACACAUUUAUGCAUACAGCCAUAAAAUGUCCAACUACAUGUAUUUACAUUCCUUAUUUUAGCCAAAAACUAUGCAGUACUCUAUAAUUGAUACAAAAAUCAGCUGGGAACUGGUCAUGAAUUUCAAGCUAUGCUUGGUGAUAUUUUAUAAACAAGUUUGACAUACAGUGUUGAUGCAGAUUGAACAGCCAAUUUGUUAUAGAAUGGUUUAGAAGUAAACUAGUUAUUAAUGCUGAGAUCAGUCCAAAACUUACAAAAAUAUUGGUACCAGUCUAGUUUUUAUUUUUGAUUGGAACCAAGAUAUUUUUCUAAAAUCUACUAGUUAUGGAAGUCAAGUAUCGGAACCAUUCAGGGUAGUUUGAUUAGUACUAGAUAGUUCUCAUUUAUAGGUCUUUAUAGCCUUUAAACUCAAUUUACAAAUGGAUGUGAAUUUUACUGGUUGGGGUAAUUAUUUCUUUUGGUUAAAAUAAUGUGUAAAAUGAAACUGUUAACUAUUCAGCAGGGGCUCAGUUGGCUGAAAAUUGUUCAUUUGUUUGUGAACUAUUACUAAGCAAUAUACAUGAUAAGACAUAAGACGGUACAUUGUUAAAUCUUCAGUGUUAGUUUUUUUCUGUAUGUUGAUAUUGUGACUUAAAUACUUUUUUGCUCAAUAUACAUAGAAGGAGAUAUUUUUAAAAUGAAUUUUUUACUCUGCAUAGAAUGCAAUUUUAUCAAUGUAUUUAUUAAAGGCCCAUACUGCUUUUGUUUUAUGUUCAAGAGAAGGGAAAGCAUACCAAAAUAAUAAAGGUCUUAAUCAUCUGAUUAACCAGUUUAGAUGGUUAGGGGUUGGAUCACAAGGGCAUUUUAUCAUGUAAUGUCAAUAAGCUAAUCUGUAUAUCUGUAGCUGUGCAGCAUAUUCAAACAAAAGCAUUAUGGGCCUUUAAGAAAUUGCAAUAUCUUUAGGAAAAUUGUCUCAUUAAUAUAACAGAAGUCCCAAUACACCCAGAAAACUGGAUUAACAAAUAUUAGGUCUAUAUAAAAUAAAUAAGACUUACCAGUAUAAGUAAAGCAGUUUGUCCUUAUUUCGUUUUGUUACAUAUAUUUAAUACAAAUAAAAUCUGCUAAUAUAAGUGUAACUGGUCUAGUUUUAGUUUAAUUGCUGUCAACAUUUAUUUAUUUUUAAAAUGAUGCAUUAAUCAAGAGUUUCCGUUACAUAUUUUUCUUUAUUUCUAUAUCUUAUUAGAAUGGUACCAUAGUUAGAAAUAAAAAAAAAGUUAUUUUUUAUGUUACUUUUAUUUUAAUAUACCCAUUCUUCAGAAUUUUUAACAUUGAGUAUCCACUUUCUUCAAAAAUUCAGUUCAUAUCAGGGCUUGGAUUUUAAGGAAGUUUAAAUAUGUGUAGUGGCUUAAUUUUGCUUCAAAGUAAUAUAAGAUUAUAAUUUUUAAAGAUAACUGGUAAGUCAUCUUCUAUAUAAAUCGUUUUUGUUUAAAUCUUUUUGUUUAUAAUUAUAUUUUGUGGAUUUAAUAUCAAAACUUUUAGAGAAUGCUGUGCAGGUCUUGCGAAAAUUUUUUUUUAAUUUCUGAAAACAGAUUUUUUUUACAAGAGCCAUGCCAUGAGAAAACCAACAUAGUGGCUUUGCGACCAGCAUGGAUCCAGAACAGCCUGCGCAUCAGUGCAGUCUGGUCAAGAUCCAUGCUGUUCGCUUUCAAAGCCUAUAGCAAUUAGAGAAACCGUUACCGAACAGCAUGGAUCCUGACCAGACUGCGCAGAGUCUGGUCAGGAUCCAUGCUGGUCGCAAAGCCACUAUGUUGGUUUUCUCAUAGCGCGGCUCAAUUUUGGCAAGAAAAGGUACAUAAUUAUUCAGUUAAACUGAACCAAAGUUGUUAAGGCAGGCAUAAUUGUUUCUUAAGUACCAGAAUUUGUGAUACCAGUAUGUACUUAAAUAUGUAAGUGUCUUAUCCAGUGCAAUAUUUUGUGUUACAAGUUCUAAAAUGGGUACUGAUAAAAAUGAGAUACGGUAUGGCAUUGAUGCAUUUGCAUACGUGACAAAUUGUUUAAAUAAUGUUUUAGAAAUUUGGGUAUUGAAAGAUUGUUAUUUGAUUUGGGUAAAUUAUUAAGUUUUGGGGAGAUAUUUGGGGAAUUGUUACAAUAUUAUUAAACUGUGGGUAAAAUUAUUGGUUUUGGAAACACUUGGGAGUAUUAUUGUAUUUCUGCACAAUUUUGGGUGAAAGAAUUCAUUCUUUUUGUAACAUGACUGAACUUUAGGUAAAGAAAAAAUAAGGAAAAAAAACUUGUGCAGUUUAAGGUGUUUUUUUUUUAUUAUAUCUGUGUUUACAAUUCUGGGUAAGGAUUGUGGAUGUUGCAGUUGGAAUAAUUUGGUAACAUAAUUGUAGACUGGGUAAAAACAGGGGUACAUUGUAUUUGAUAAUCUUUUAAUAUUAAGAAAUUAAAGGAUUAAUCAGUGUUGUCAGGAAUGUGUUCUAGAAUCUUUUUGUGAGUUUGUUUGUAUUAAAUCAGGGUUUUAAGUGGGGUAUAUUGUACUAUAGCGAGGUAUAGCUUGCAUUAGGAAUUUGAACUGCAAUGAUAAACGAUUUAUGCUGGAAUUAGGGGUAUAAAGUAAGCAUAAUGAAUUAUGGGUAAGUUUAAGUUAACCGAAACCAAUUCAAAUUUUUGAAUUGUGGUAAACUGUGCCAACAUUACUGUUACAAUUUUAUAUACUAAAAUAAGAAAAUUUGAAGACCAUGGUACGCAGUGAAUUUUAAAUGUUUCUUCUUGUAUUUCAGUUACGUGUAUUGUGUACACUUGCUUUAACAAUUAUUGAUACAAAAAUUGUGUUUGAUUUUAAAAGUCAAAAUACAUAUGUUACAAAAAAUUGUGCUUGUCAAAAGAAGAAGUUAGAACAGUUUAUUAACACUUAAUUAAUGUACACUUAGUUUGAUACACUUCUGUAGUACCACUGUGGGAAAAUCAGCAUUAGGGCUUUUCGACCAGUAUAGGUUCAUAUUAGCCUGCACGUCUGCGCAGUUUGAUCUAGAUCCAUACUGAUUGCUUACCAGUAGUAUACAAGCUCUGAAAUAGAUUUACUCCAGAACUCAGUUUACAUCUGGUUUUUCCAAGAUUCAUGUAUGCGCUGUGGGUACAAACCAUUCUAUAAAUAGAUUGCGCGAUGUAGCAUUGAAAUAUUUCAAAAUAUUAAACCCACACACCAACACAAAUUCAAACUUACUUUAUAAAUCUUAUACAUAGUGACGUUAACAUAUCUGUCUUUAGUAAAUAGUAUCAGUUUGGCUUGUCAAUUCGAAGACAUAUUGGAUGUAUUAAAGGUUAAACUUUGAUAGUUUAUAUAACAAAUCGGAGAUAUUUGUACCUACACUGAUUUAGGAAAAGCAAAUUCUGGACUACGACUAUUGAUAAAUGUACAGUAUGGAUGUGCACUCACUACUAUCUUGACUCUUGCUGGUUGAAAAGCCCAGACAUUGGUUUCCGCAUUAUGAGUGGCACCAAUUCUGUCAUUAACAUAAUAGUAUAUAUAAUACAAUGCUUAUAUUUUAGCCCUGUAAAAUAGCAUAAAAUGAUAAGUUCAUACAAUGACCAAACCAUUGUAUCAUGUAUCUUGUAUAUUUUUUUCAUUGUCAUUUUGUUUGUUCCUUGUUUGUAUUUUAAACAAUUUUUACCUUUACCAAAAGUGUGCUACAUUUUCUUGUUCUUAUUUGUAAUAAUUACAUAUUUUUCAUGUUUGUUUUUUUUUUCUUGUUCCGAGUUCUGACUUUUUGACACCAAAAAUUUGGAUAUUUUUUUUUAUACUGUAGAAACUAUAUUUUCUACACAGACCCGAAACUAGGCAUAAUUGUAUGUUUUUUAUCUUCUUUUUACAAUAAUAUACGUUUACUUUUUCGUGACUCGGUUAAAAGUUGAUAUUUCAGUUCUGGCACAGUAAUUGUUUAUCCCAUUUUUUUUUGGUGUCAAAAAAUUAGACUGUCAGUUUCCAUUUUUAUUUCAUGUUGAAAAUAUUAUCCAUACAUAAUAAUCCAGAUGUGAUGAUCUUUAUUGUAUAUUGCUGAUUUUUUUUUACCCCGUCUCUACUCCUUCAUCCCAUCUCUACUCCUUCAUCCCCUCUUUGAAUCCAUUUAGAAUAUCCAUAUAGUAAACUUUCAUUUUAGAAAUUGUAAUUCUUUUCACAAAAACUGCUUCAUUAUUAAUGAUUUUAUAAUUUUUGCUUGUAUUUACUGUGCUUUAUGUUACACUCCACAUUAAAACUUAACUGUUCUCUAGGGAAAUGGUUGGAAUUCAUACUUUCCUUCUUUCAUGCAUAGAUAAGGAAAAAAACAAAAAAAAAAAAAAACAAAAAAAAAAAAAAAAAAAAAAAAAAACUUUCUGUUUGCAACAGAUAUGCUUCCCCUGUUCUCUGAAGGCCAGAGUCUGGAUAUUUAUCAACUUUUCAAGUCUGUACAGUUUUGUUGAGGUAGCAUAAAACUUUGCACAGAUGUGAUGUCUAUAAACAAUAAAUCCCGUCUACAGUAAUAAGAGCAAUAGAAAAAGUGCGUAUCUAUGGAUCUUUUGGUCAUGAGUUCGACCCCACGUGAUGUAUAUGUCCUCUGUGAUGAUUUGGUACAAGACGUUAUGUCUUAAACCAUUUUUACCUCUGAUUCAUGUAGGGAAGUUGGCAGUUAUUUGCAGGGAACAACAGGUUAUCUCAGAACACUCGUUUGGUUAACAUCCUGUAGUUACAUAACUGAAAUACUGUUGAAAAAUGGUGUAAAACCAAAAACAAACACUUCAUUAACCUUUAGCCUGCUGCUGGCAUGUGAUUCUGCCUUUGCGACCAGUGCAGACCAAGGUCUGUGCAGGCUGAUUGUGGUCUGCACUAUUCGCUUUCAGUGAAUACCCCUUAAAUUAAUAAAUGGUUCUGCCCAAAUUGAUGGAUUGACCAGUCCUUUUUAGAAAUUUAGCAGGGUAAAGGUUAAAAUUUUAUGGCCUUCAAGUACUAGAGAUGCACUAUAAAAAAAGUUUGGCAAAUUAAAUUAUAAUUUUUUAUUACUCUUCAUCCUGAAAUUUAUAAUGCGAAUUAUUCAAUAAGCCAUACAGUAUAUUCUGCUGAAAUUUAAGAGAGCAUUUUGUAGCUGCUGAAGCUUUGAACUUGCAAGUCAAACAUACAAAGUUUCACUACAAUCUGUGGUAUUUCAACAGUGACAAAGAAAAAAGGAAAUUUUACAUUUUAAAGCUGAAGACUUAUCUUUCAGACUUUGAAGAUUGAUGAAUACUAGCUCUGGUGCUGAAAUGUGGGCAGUAUUCUUUUUUCUCACUCAAUAUGGUAUGAAUAUAUGCCAUUUCCUGGAGAACAGCCUGGUUAUUCCAUGUCUGGCAUUACUUGUGUGCAUUUUUCAGUCUAUAAUCUGUUGUAUAUACAUUACAGUAUACAUUCAACAAUAUAUAUAGCACCUGUUAUAAUUAGAGGCUUUAAGAAUGCAGUGCCAUCUUAGAAAUAGAUUUGCUCAACCAAAGUUGUACAUGUAUAAAGUAUAAAUAAUCAUUAAUGUAGAGCAAUAACAUACUAUCUCUGGUCUCUUUUAUGUAUUAGAUAGGUUAGUUUUGCUCUGCAUUUUUGUUAGAAAAUUUAUAAUAUACUCAGCUACUCAUAUACCUAGUCCCAGUAGUAGCUGAAAGGCCAUAGGCUCCUUGGUGUGUUGCAGCUCAUAUCUGGUUAUUUUUAAGAUGGAAGAGCCCAUUGUAUUUUUUAAAAGAUGGAAGAGUCCAUUAGAGAUUUUUUUUCUGGCAUCUUGGAAUGACUGAUUCUUCCAUGUUUUUAAAAUGGAACAGUUCAUUGUAGAGGGUUUUCUUGCAUCUCAUGAGAAUAGAUUCUUUCACAUUUUAUGAAUUGGAAGAGUCCAUUUUCAAGGUUUACUUCCAUGUCUGUUUUAUAUGGAUUGUUCCAGUCUGAUAUUGAUCACAUCUGUACCCUAAGAAUGUAAUCUGUUUUUUUUUUUGUCCUUUGUUUUUUAAAUAGCUUUUAGGAUUUUGUCGUAACUUUUUUUGCUUUUUGAAAUAUUUAUGAAUAGUGAAAUUUUUUUCAGCAAUGAUACGUAAUUGCUCAUGCUAUUGAAAUAUUGCAAGCACAUAAAUGCCACUAAGAAAGACAAUACUGAAGAUGCAUUGUAUUUCACUGGGGACUAAUUUUCAUGGAUUGUAGUGAUAUGAUUCACAUUUUUUAUUUACCUUAAAAACUUUAAUCAUCAUUUCUUUUUGGCCCCUCGAAAAAGCCAUUUUCCAGAGAUCACAAAAUUUAAUUCCAUUGAUUUUAUUGUAACUAAAACGGACAGACGUAUGCAGUAGUUGGAAAAGCUGUAUUAGAAGUCUCAGCCACACUAAAAAAAAAGUUGAUUCACAUACUUUCUAGUUUAAUAUUAAUCAAGUUUUUAAUGGUAUUUAUGGUGGUUUAAAAGAAACUCUACUGUGUGUAGGUUAUAGUGUUAAAAUAUAAAUAUAAAAUCCAGUACUUUAAUUUAUACUUUGCAUUGUUGCUUUUAAGUGCAUAUUUAACCAAGCUUUUUUCUCUUUUAGUAGAAUUGUGUUAUUGUCCUUGAAUAUUAUGUUAAGAACUGUAAUGCUGAAUAGAAAAAAAAAACAACAGCAUAUUUUUGUAUAAAAUGUCUGUUAACAUAUCCAGUGAUAUAUUAUAUAAUUAGAUAAAUAUGUCAUAUUUUUUUUUUUGAAAUUUUGAUUUUAUAUCUUAUAGGGCAUAACUUAUGUUAGAUGUUUCUACUUGGAACAGCACAAACAUUGAAGGUUUUUACAUGGAAAAAUGCAAAACAUUAGAUGUUUCUACAUGGAACAACACAACUAUUGCAGGUUUUUACAUGGAAAAACACAAAACAUUAGAUGUUUCUACAUGGAACAACACAAAUAUUGUAGGUUUUUACACGGAAAACACAAAACAUUAGAUGUUUCUACAUGGAACAACACUAAAUAUUGUAUUAUGCUCUUCAUGAAAAAACACAAAACGUAAGGUGUUUCUACAUGGAACAACACAAAUAUUGUAUGUUUUUUAUGUGGAACAACUUAAAUAUUGUAUGUUCUUACAUGGAACAACACAAAUAUUGUAUAUGCUUUUACAUGGAAAAACACAAAACAUUAGAUGUUUGUACAUGGAAUAACACAUUGUAUUUUUUUAUGUGGAACAAACACAAUUAUUGUAUUGUGUUUUCUUAUGGAAUAACACAAAUAUUGUAUGUUUCCUUACAGAAUAACACAAAUAUUGUAUGUUUUUGUCUGCUGUGAUAAAUCUUUGAUCAUAAUCUGUUAUUUAUUCUGCAUUGUUAUUUGUAAUAAACUGUACAAAGCUAUUUUGUUAUUUAUGCGCUGUACAUUCAGCAUUUUUAUCAAGCACUAAACUGUAAGUGUGUGACUUGCAGCAUUUUGUUUACCGCACUGUACAGUUGUUUUACAUAUAAAUUUUCUGCAUUUUUCUCUUGAAGAAUUGUGCGCAAACAAUUUUUAACCAAUGGAACUGUUCGUCUGUCAGUAUAUAAACUGCACUUGAAUUGUACAUCAUUUACCAGAUUGUAAUAUAUUGUGUUAAACUGUCAAAGCUGUAUAGUAGAUUUAAUUGUUUUUAUAAAUAUUGGACAAAUGGACUUGGACAGCAAAAAAUGUAUUUUGACCUUAUUUUAAAAAACAUUUUGGAUAGUAAUAAUUUUUGUUUUUAAAAUAGCAGUUUGUACUAUACUGUAGAGGGGGAAAAAAACUGUCCUAUUUAAAAAAAAAAAAAUGUUCAGUAUUUUAAUUCUGUCAGAAUCUGAUAUUGUUUCGUUUUAAACUAUGUAAGGAUUAUUUUAGGUAGUUAUAGCUGUUUUGAGGCAGAAAUAUUGGCCGUCAUUUUAUAAACUAUUGUAAAUUACCACUCACUUGACCAUUGCUGGCUGCAGCACUUUGAGCAUUGUUUUCAUAGGUGCUUCGAUUUUAACAUUUACAGUGUAUUUAAACCUGUGAAUAAAGACCUGCUCUCCCAAGAGUGGUCUUUAUAGACAGGUUUGACUGUAUAUGGAAUAUGACCUUUAACUGUAGGUGGAAUGUGCCCAAGUUUUCAUUAGGAUAAAGACUGCUAAAUUUUUCUUAGGUUACAGAGAACUAAAUUUUUUCAAGGUUACAGACUGCUAAUGGUGGAAUGUGCCCAAGUUGUAGUUAUAGUGUUCCAUUUCAACAUUUUGUGUAAUAUGAAUUCCAGCAUAUUUCUCAUUUAAUGUGUAUUUUACAUUUUUGAUAUUUCUGUAACUUUUUUUCCCUGCAAACCUUCAAACGCACCUAUUGACGUCCAGUUUUGGGGAACCUUGAUUUCACAGCCAUUAGACUGUUUUUGCGUAUCCUUAUUUUCUGUCAACAAGUACCGAUUUGCUUUUUACUCGUCAUGUUUUCACAUAAAAAUUCCUUUAAAAUGGUUAGGCACAUUUCACCUUAAACUGUAGUGUAUUUUUGAAACUUUUUCAUCUGUAUUGUGUAUGAAUAUCACUGUUGAAGAGUAAACUGGUACAAAGUCCUCAGAUAGUCAGUAAAUUCCAUUAUACAGUCUGCACUUUGUUUUCUGAAUUGACUUCUGUUAUUUCAUUGAUAUGUACAGUCAAACCUGUCUGCAAUGACCACCCAUGGAAAAAAAUUAAAUUGUCUUUCUUAACAGGUGGUCUGAUAAUGAAGCCUUAUUUUCUUCAAUCUUGUUAAGCAGGAAGAGAAAAUGGUGGCAUUUAUAAGCAUUGGGCUCAUAUUCAUCAGAGUUUUAAAGUCUGAAAUUAAAACUUACCCCUCAGAUUGCUAAAUCUAGCCUUUGUUUUAUCUCUCUUAAAUUUCCCCCGAUUCCCAUGAAACUUUGUGCAAGUAUUUACGCACAGAUUGUAAUUAAAAUUUUUGCAAGUGUUUGUGAUCAAUCUCUAUCAAAUUUGCACUGAUUCUUAUUAAACUGUCCGCAAGUGUUUAUGAUUUAUCUCCGUAAAUUUGCAUAGAUUCUAAUGAAACAUUGCACAAGUGUUUAUUCUGCUGCUACCAAGAGCUCAAAGAAGUUUUAUCAGGACACAUUUGCAACAAACAAAACUACUGCAAAUGGAGUAUUUUCCCAUCUGAAGUAAAAGUCUUAGGUUUCAGACUUCAAACCGUGAAUAUGGGCCCAGACUUUUUAUGUGAAGGUAGUCUUCUUGCACAGAUUUGGCUCAACUCUGAUUGUACAUCAUCAUUUUAACACUAGGCUAUCACAGGUAUAUACACAAGGGUAAGUUUUGUUAUAUUUAGGUAUGUGCUGAUUGAUGGGUGUUGAUUCAUCUGGAAAUAAGGGUUUUUGAUGAUCAACGAAAAUUACAUUUUUAACCUUAUUUUCUGCUAUAAAUCUGUUUAUUUUACUUUCAAACCUUUCAUGAUUGUAGUAAGAAAUGUUACCAUUUAAGGCUUUUUAUGACUGGAAAAAGUUUUAUAAGUACUGUAGAAAGCCAUUUUUGCUUAUUUUAUGUGUAUAACCACUAGAUGUUUGUAAAUCUGCCGUGUCGCAGACAAGAAUUUUGUACAAGAUAAUAUUGUUUGAUUCAUCUAUUCUGCAACAGGUGUUUAAUGUAAAGAAAAUCUUUGGUAUAAUCGAGAACUUGAAAAAAAAUACAUGUCUUAAUAAGAUUUCAAUUAAUUGUUGAAAUUGUGAGUUUGAUUUUUGUAUUUUUUUUUCCUUAAAAUAUAUGUCAUAUAUUCAGGCAAUAAAGCAACUUGUAAAGGUGAUAAUUUAAUUCAUUAUACCAAUUUUCUUGGCCCAAAUUAUUUCCCUUUACAGAAACUUACUGCUGUAUAUACCUACUCUUAAAAGAGUAUUUUGUUUUUUCAAAAUUAGGAAGCAAUUCCAAGAAAUUUCUUGUUACAGAAUAGAUGAAACAAACAAUACGUAAUGAUAUACAAUGUACUUGAAAGGUUUAUAUGCACUUUAUCCAUUUUACCAUUGCAUACAGAACCCCCGAGUUGUAAAAUGUCUCCAUGUUUUAAAGAGCUCAUACACAAAAUCGUUUUUGUUAUAUGAAAAAUAAAUGAUUCAAAGGGUG